UCUUGUGGGGUCGGGGAGGGUCGCGGUGGCGGGCGCCUGGGCCGACUUGGUUUAACUGCGUUUCCGCGGGCGCGUCGCCGUCCCGUGUGCGGUCGCUCAGCAGCAUCAUUUUUGAUUGAUGUGUGAAGAUAACCCAGAGGACUGAGAGAGUUGCUGAGUGGAGUGUAUUGGGGAUGCUCUAGGAAAAGACGGAGUACUAAAGACAGUGAGCACCAUGGAUCAGAACAACAGCCUGCCUCCUUAUGCUCAGGGCUUGGCCUCCCCCCAGGGUGCCAUGACUCCUGGAAUACCCAUCUUUAGUCCAAUGAUGCCUUAUGGCACAGGUCUGACUCCUCAGCCUAUUCAGAACACCAAUAGUUUGUCUAUUUUGGAAGAGCAACAAAGACAGCAGCAGCAACAACAGCAACAACAGCAGCAACAGCAGCAGCAGGCAGUGGUAACUGCUGCAGCUGCAGUACAGCAAUCAACUUCUCAACAGGCGACACAGGGGGCCUCAGGCCAGACUCCACAACUGUUUCAUUCUCAGACUCUGACCACUGCACCCUUGCCAGGCACCACUCCCCUGUAUCCCUCUCCCAUGACACCUAUGACUCCUAUCACUCCUGCCACACCAGCCUCUGAGAGCUCUGGGAUCGUACCACAGCUGCAAAAUAUUGUAUCCACAGUGAAUCUUGGUUGUAAACUUGAUCUGAAGACCAUUGCACUUCGUGCUCGAAAUGCUGAAUAUAACCCUAAGCGAUUUGCUGCCGUAAUCAUGAGAAUAAGGGAACCACGGACCACAGCACUAAUUUUCAGUUCAGGAAAAAUGGUGUGCACAGGAGCUAAGAGUGAAGAACAGUCCAGACUAGCAGCAAGGAAAUAUGCCAGGGUUGUACAGAAGUUGGGUUUUCCAGCCAAGUUCUUAGACUUCAAGAUUCAGAACAUGGUGGGAAGUUGUGAUGUGAAAUUCCCCAUAAGAUUGGAAGGCCUUGUGCUCACUCAUCAGCAGUUUAGUAGCUAUGAGCCAGAGUUAUUUCCUGGACUAAUCUACAGAAUGAUCAAACCCAGAAUUGUUCUCCUUAUUUUUGUUUCAGGAAAAGUUGUAUUAACAGGUGCUAAAGUCAGAGCAGAAAUUUAUGAAGCAUUUGAAAACAUCUACCCCAUCCUAAAGGGAUUCAGGAAGACCACGUAGUAGCUGCCCACUUACUCCUGCCUUCCUCACCCACUUGUUUUUUUAAACAAAUCAUUUUUGGUACCUCUGAUGGUGCAGUUGUGAGAAGAUGGACACUCAGUUACAGGUUGCAGCACCAGGCGAUGUCCUCUUUGGUGUGCCACUGCAGGUUGCUGGGCAGGCUACUUUUCCACACUGAGAUCACCCCGCAGCAUUACUGUGAGUUGCUCAUCCUGUGCUGCUAUUUGGGCAGCGUUGCCCAUUUAUUUAUAUUUUAAACACUGCUGUUGACAAGUUGGUUGGUUAAAGGGACAGACUUUUAAGUGUUCAAGACACCUGUACAGUUGAAGUUUUUAAUUUUUCCCCAUAAGCCACAGGUUUUAUAUUUCUAACAGAAAAGAAUCUUUUUUAAAAUUGUUGUUUUUCUAAUUUGUAAUUCUUAGGGGUUAUUUUUGUGCCAGACACAUUCCACCUUUCCAGUAUUGCAGGACAGAAUAGCUGUAUUAAUGAAAGCAAAUGGCUGUACAUAUGUUUCUUUCUUCACAGUACUCUGUAUAAGAAAAAAUGCAGUUUACAAAAGUGUUAGACUGUUCUUAUAUCUUUUAAGAGUCAUGUGACCAUACUGUUAAAAAAUUGUAUUUUAGAUAUAAUGUCUGAAACCA